UUUGUGUUUUUUCACUUAGAACUCUUCGCCAGUAUUGCAUCUAUUCGCCUAUUCUCCCCGGUCGCUCAUCAUCGCCGGCAGAUUCGGAUUCUCCCAGUGGUUUGCUGAUGGAUAAUUCUCAGAGGAAAGGAGGUCUUAUACCUAUUUCACCGCAGACCCCUCGAUCCAGCGAUAGGUCGAGUAAAGGAGCAAACGAUACCAGUAGUAACUCCAACAGCAAGCAUGAUAAAGACAAGGGGGUCAAUAUUCAGGUCAUUGUCCGAUGCCGGCCUUUGAAUGAUGAUGAGAUGAGAUUCAACACGCCAGUGGUGAUAUCCUGCAACGAUCAGCGGAGAGAAGUUUCUGCUGUUCAGAACAUUGCUAACAAGCAGAUUGAUAAGACCUUUACUUUUGAUAAGGUCUUCGGCCCAUCAUCACUGCAAAAUGAUUUGUUUGAGCAAGCAGUCUCCCCUAUUGUGAGAGAAGUUCUUGAGGGUUAUAACUGUACUAUAUUUGCAUACGGUCAGACAGGCACCGGAAAAACAUACACUAUGGAAGGAGGAGCUGUUAAUGCAAAGAAUGGAGAAUUUCCAAAUGAUGCUGGUGUUAUUCCGAGGUCUGUUCGUCAGAUCUUUGAUAAGCUUGAGGCUCAGAAUUCUGAGUAUAGUAUGAAAGUUUCAUUUCUAGAGCUAUAUAAUGAGGAGAUAACAGAUCUUCUGGCUCCUGAAGAACCAAGGCUCUUAGAGGAAAAGUCCAAGAAGCCGAUAGCUCUAAUGGAAGAUGGAAAGGGAGGAGUUUUUGUGAGGGGCCUGGAAGAGGAGAUAGUUGCAACUGCUGGUGAAAUCUAUAGAAUACUAGAGAAAGGUUCUUCGAAGAGGCGUACUGCAGAAACAUUGCUGAACAAACAAAGCAGUCGAUCACAUUCAAUCUUUUCCAUAACAAUUCAUAUGAAAGAGUGUACUCCAGAGGGUGAGGAGAUGAUCAAAUGCGGGAAACUUAAUCUUGUUGAUCUAGCUGGUUCCGAAAACAUUUCGAGGUCUGGUGCAAGAGAUAAUAGGGCAAGAGAAGCCGGUGAAAUUAACAAAAGCUUGCUUACACUUGGUCGAGUUAUUAAUGCUCUUGUUGACCACUCCGGCCAUGUUCCAUAUAGGGAUAGCAAAUUAACAAGACUUCUGAGAGAUUCCUUAGGAGGAAAAACAAAGACUUGCAUUGUUGCGACAAUCUCACCAUCCAUACACUGCUUGGAAGAAACAUUGAAUACAUUGGAUUAUGCACACCGUGCCAAAAACAUAAAGAACAAGCCAGAGGUCAAUCAAAAGAUGAUGAAAUCUGCACUGAUCAAGGAUUUGUACUCUGAGAUAGACCGCCUAAAACAAGAACUAUAUGCUGCAAGAGAAAAGAACGGUAUAUACAUUCCAAAAGAUUGCUUUGUGCAAGACGAGGCUUUAAAAAAGGCUAUGUCAGAGAAAUUGGAAUGCUUGGAAGUUGAACUGGAAGUAAGGGAUAAGGAAUUGGUUGGUCUAAAAGAUCUUUGCAGAUCUCAGAGGACACUCCAUGCGGAUCUAAGUGAUAAGCUUGAAAAGACUCAGAGACAACUGGAUGAAACGGAACACUCCUUAUCUGACCUCGAACAACGUUAUAAACAAGCAAAUUUAGUUAUUAAAGAAAAAGAAUAUCUGAUAUCUAAACUUUUAGAGUCUGAGGAAGAGCUUAUUGAGUUUGCUUUGGAGCUUCGAAUUGAACUUGAAGAUGCAGCAGAAGAUUUUUAUGGCCUGUGUUCUAAAAUUGACAGGAAAAACAAGAUUGAAGAUGGAAACAAAAUGAUCCUGCAAAGAUUUCAAUCCCAUUUGACAGAGCAGUUGGGUCUUUUGCACAACACCGUCUCUACAUCUUUGACACAACAAGAAAACCAUCUCAAACAAAUGGAAGAGGAAGUGCGGUAAUUUAUUUCUGCGAAGAUUAAGACCACUAAAGAACUUCACGAGUGGAUGGAGAGAUUGAAAGAUGUGUAUGGUAAUGGUAUAAGAAGUAUGGAUGGAUUCACAGGCGAACUUAAGCAGAAGUCACUGUUAACUUUUGGGAAACUCAACUCACAAAUAUCAAUGCAUUAUUCUGGACUGGAAGAUUGUCUUAAAAAUAUCACUCAAGAGGGAAAUCAGUUACUUAAUGAGCUAAAAACCACCCUCUCUAUGAUGGAAGACAAAUUAGUUUCUUUCACAAGGAAGCAGCAUGAGGGACAUCUUAGAACUGUGGAAGCUACAAGAUCUAUUUCCAAGAUAACUUCUACUUUCUUCUGUAAUUUAGAUGUUCAGGCAGCCAAAAUAAGCAAGAUUGUGGACGAAUCAGAAACUAUUCGAAAGAAACAGUUAUAUGAGCUUGAGAAGAAAUUUGAGGAGUGUGCUGCUAAAGAGGAAAAACAAUUUCUCAUGAAAGUCGAAGAAAUGCUAGCAAAUUCAAAUGCUAGAAAGAAAAAACUGGUUCAAGAAGCAGUUUUUGCUCUCCGAGAGAUGGAUGCUGAAAGAACUAGUUUCUUAAAGACUGAAGUUUCUUCAACACAAGAUUUUACUGAUCGAAUGAAGGAACAAUGGACCAUCUACAUGGAAGAAACUGAAAACAACUACCGUGAAGAUAGCACUACAGUAGAGAGUGAGAAAAUGGUCAUAGAAGAAGGCCUCCAAGAAUGCAAAUCAAUGGCAACAUCAGGUUUGCAGCAAUGGGAGACUGCUCAAAGUUCCUUGCUUACCCUUGGACAAAACAAUAAAUCGUCAAUGGAGUCCCUCCUCAAAAGCGGAAUAGAAGCAAAUGAACUAAUACAGUGUAGAUCAUCUGCUUCCAUGAAUACUGCUAUAGAAGAUCUUGAUAUUGAGCACAACGGUCUUCUUUCAUGUAUUGAUAGUUCACAGAAGCUUGAUCAUAAAACUUGUCAAAAAUUUGAUUCCUUAAUUGUACCGUGCCGUGCGGAGUUGAGAGAACUACAGAUUGGACAUCAACACAGCACCAUGAAGAUCACAGAAAAUGCAGAGAAUUGUUUGGAGAAAGAAUACAUGGUGGACAAAGAAACUUGUUUGACACCAACAAGACGACCAAUUAAUGUGUGCAGUCCCGGCCUUAUUGAGAAGAUGAGAACUCCUGCUUUUGAAGAGUUGUUGAAGUCAUGGGAGGCAAAGCCUGCCGUUGGUGGAGAGGGAAAACAGUUUCUUGGAGCCCAGGAGACUCAAGUACAGGCCCUACGAAGAGACUGUAGAGCUCCUCUGACCGCAAAAAAUUGAUGGCAACGAAUUCGAACUCUUUUUUUUUUUUUUUUUUGAAAAUAUAGCUAUAUACAACUUUAUGAUCAGGCUUGUUUAUCCACCAUGGAUAAAAGAUGGAGUGAUUGAAAUGAAUCUUUCAAUCCAGUUUUGCAAUUUCUGGAGUAUCAAUGAUUAGCCUAUCAUUGCAUA